GUAAUGACUUGACCUUUUGUAGUCGUUUGACUUUGACAUGUGUAUUGUGUGUUAAGUUUUUGUGGCCACAAAAAAAGCUGUAUUCUGUACGGAUCAAUAAACAUUUAUUCUUAAAUCUUAAUUCUUAUAUGAAAUCAAAUUAUUUUAAUAUAUACUACUAUAUAUAACUACAUUAUUAAAUAAACGUCUUUAGUAAAUUUUGUCUUGAAAUCAGAAUGUCCCGACAAACGUCAAGGCUUGAUGCUAAGAAAGUUCUUAUUAAUUCUUUCUUUUAGAACUCAGAACUAUUAACCCUUACAUACGGCGCCCUCGUGUCACAAAUGUUAAAAGAAAUAGAUAAUCCAGAUGAUGUUAAUAAACAGCUAGAACGAAUUGGUUAUAAUAUGGGAGUACGUUUAAUUGAAGAUUUUUUAGCGAGAACUGGAUCUAACAGGUGCAUGGAAAUGAGAGAGACAGCAGACAAAAUACAACAGGCGUUUCGACUUUACCUUAACAUGCAGCCAACAGUUACUAGCUGGAGUAGUUCUGGGGAUGAAUUUUCUCUAGUCUGGGACCAGUGCCCACUCAGUGAAUGGGUUGAAAUGCCAAAUAAUGGUCUUAAAUACUGUGCUCUUAUUCCUGGGGCUAUUAGAGGUGCAUUGCAAAUGGUUCAGCUUGAUGUUCAAUGCUGGUUUAUACAGGAUCAGUUAAAAGGAGAUGCGGUGACUGAGCUCCGAGUAAAAUAUAUAAAAAGACUGGAAGAUGCUGUACCAGCAGGAGAAGAUUAAUUAUUAUUAAUUAAGUCAUAAACUUGUAUUAUAUUGAAUUACUUCAUAAUUGGUAACAUUAUAUUUUAUGCUAUUCAU